UGGAUAAGGUGGGGAGAUUGAAGUUUAGACUUGAGACCUAGCGUUUUGCAUCUUUUAAAAAUAAAUUUCAAUCAAUGAGUCCUUUUCAAAUCUGUGCCCUCUCGUUUCGGCUUUGCAAUGGGUAUAAGCAAAACUAGUUUUGACAGUGAGAACAUAAAACUAUGAUUAUUAGCCUUAAAAAAAUGUCCAAAAAUUAAAAAAAAAAGAAAAAGAAAAAGAAAAAGAAAUCAUAAGAAUGAAAGAUAGUGACGACAGAUGUGGAGAACAUGUGGCAGAUCUAGAGAGGCAUAAAGGAUACAAAAACCCGCAAAGCGGGACCCGAUUGUAUGAUUAAAUCCCGGGAUUCGCAUUGCAUUGCCAAGGCCAACAACCAACCAAGCUCAGAGGAUCAGUUUCAGUGCUGAAGAGCUGAGCCACCGAUCUGAUUUAUUUCUCUCGACCCACCCCACUCGCUGGGCUAGCGAGUCGCACUUACCAAACAAUCUUACCUCCUUUCAGUGUUAGUUAAAGAAGGUCAUCUCUCCGUCAAAUGUUUGUAUUCCCUCUUCAUCCCAAAGAUUCUCCCCAAAUUCUCUCCUCCGUUUGCAUUGCCCGACCCUCCCUCUAAUUUUCCGAUUCCCCCUUUCUAACUUCUACCUAACCUCUUAUCUUCAUCUCUCUCUGUCUACUAACGCCUCGUUUCUUCUUCUUCUUCUGCUUCUUCUUCUUCUUCUUCUUCUUCUUCUUCUUCUUUGUUCGUAUAGCUUCAAGGGUUUCUUUUUGCAAAUCCAUGGCAUUUUCUUAAUUAUGGUGGCGAGUUCCAGAGGAUUCACGACUCAGCUUGAGUUGAAGCUCUCCACGCUCUUCAUCUCCUAUGGAUUGGCGCCGAGUAAAAAGAAGAGAAUGUGCUUUCCUUGUGAUCCGCUCACUAUAUUGAGUCGAAUCAGUUGCUGCUGCUCCGAACCCGUGGUUCCGGUUCGGAGAGGCAGUGGUUCAGGCAAGAGCAAUGAGAAGGUGGAGGAUUGGCGAUUCGACUCCAAGAAAAGCCCUCACAGGGUUCGAGUCCAGGCCUCCUCCGCAAUGCCGUUCGCUUCAGCUCAAUCUCGAUUUACUUCCAAACAGGAGAAGUUCUACUCUCGGUGUACCCCACGGAAUUCUGGUCCUCAGUCUCGUGAUACUCCACCAAAAAGAGACACUGGUAUUGCAAAUGAGAAAGAUUGGGGCAUUAGUUUGUUAAAUGAGAGUGUUAAUGAGUCUGGCACAAAUGAAGAUGGCAGUACCUGGUAUCAAGAAAGUGGGGAAGACCUUGGUGAAAAUGGACACCGAUGUAGAUGGACUAGGAUGGGUGGUAAAUCCCACGAUGGUUCCUCUGAAUGGAAGGAAACGUGGUGGGAGAAAAGUGACUGGAGUGGAUACAAAGAGCUAGGCGUUGAGAAAUCAGGAAGAAAUGCUGAAGGAGACUCAUGGUGGGAAACUUGGCAAGAGGUGCUUCAUCAAGAUGAAUGGAGUAAUUUAGCAAGGAUAGAGAGGAGUGCUCAGAAGGAAGCUAAAUCAGGCAGUGAAAAUGCUGGUUGGCAUGAGAAAUGGUGGGAGAAGUAUGAUGCUAAAGGCUGGACAGAAAAAGGGGCACAUAAGUAUGGUAGACUGAAUGAACAGUCAUGGUGGGAGAAGUGGGGAGAGCAUUAUGAUGGAAGUGGAUCUGUUCUCAAAUGGACAGAUAAAUGGGCUGAGACUGAAUUGGGAACUAAAUGGGGAGAUAAGUGGGAAGAGAAGUUCUUUGCCGGUAUUGGCUCGCGUCAAGGGGAAACAUGGCAUGUAUCUCCGAGUGGCGAACGCUGGUCAAGAAAAUGGGGUGAGGAGCAUUUUGGAAACGGAAAAGUUCACAAAUAUGGAAAGAGCACAACUGGUGAAAGCUGGGAUAUUGUUGUUGACGAAGAGACGUACUAUGAGAGUGAACCUCACUAUGGAUGGGCAGAUGUGGUGGGCGACUCAAGCCAGUUGCUAUCCAUACAACCUCGGGAGAGGCCGCCAGGUGUCUACCCUCCCCUUGAUUUUGGGUCAUCGCCUCGUCCAGGUGAUGACCAAUCAGACAAACCUCCCACUUCAGCAUCAUGAGGAGACUUUUUUUUUAAUUAAUUAAUUAAUUUUUGUUUUAGGUGGUUCCUAUCAUUUAAUCAUAUUGGUUUGAACUCCAAACAUGUGUUAGGAGACAUUUUGGAUUAUUUCUGUGUGAUUGAUUCAUUUUUCGAUUGGUGCUUCUGCUGUGGUAAAUUUAGAAAUUGCCCCUAGGGGAUAUUUGAAA